AUGGCUUGGUGGGAGCAAGCGAUACACCCACCGAAACUGAGAGAUUUUGCGCAGGAUACUUGUACCAGAUUCGGCCUGCCCUGCCGACUUAGCGAAGAACUACCUGCCCCUAGCAACUUCAGUUCUACGAGUCCUCGCAGUUCACCGGAUAACACAGAGGAUACGGAUAUAGAAGCUCGGAAUCAGGACAUUGCUGCGGAAUCAAGCGGCGAAGACAAGAUUCAACAGGCCUCAAACGAUCAGAGCUCUUGCUUAUUCAAUCCUAUAAAUGAACUGCCUGUUGUUCCGUCAAGCAGUGACAACUCGGACCAGCACCAAUCGCAACUAGGGCAAGCACACGGCAGCAGCUUGAAUGUCAUCUCAAAUGGUGAGGACUAG